UUCAGUUGGUAUCAAAGUGCUCAGGUUGCAUCAACGACAGAUUCAAAAUCUUUUAAAAUUUAUGUUUGUGACUUUGUCAAAUGGACCGUGAAGAUGCUUACUGAGUGUGCAAAGUGUGGCGCCAGCUUCUCUCCGACAAUCGUGCCCGCCAGCACGUCAUCAUCGAUAGCACGGAAAUGUCCCUGCAGGAACUGCUAGUUAUGCCGACUGCCGAUGACAACUACAGCUUCACCUGGGGUUUGAAUGAGGCUGUAACGAAAGAAACCGUCAGCCUGACGCUGAUCGAUACGUACACCACCGACGCCAACGAGAGCACUCAGAGCACCAAUUUGCUCACGCUGACGAAAAUUGUGGUGGCGCUCUUGACGGCCAAGAAGAUCCAGCUGCCCUAUAUCGUCCUCUGCGAUGGCUUCACACGCCAGGCUAUUACGACACCGCACCUCAACGACUUGGCGGCACAUGCCCACGGAGUGUGGCGUUGCGUCCAUUUAGCCGAACUCGGCCCCGUUUGUCAUCGGCUGGCCCUGCUGAAUUACACCGUGGACGAUAUGGCCACCGUUUCGAAUAUGAUUACUCUAUUUCCUCUUAAUUUCCCCCGAACGGAAGCCGGUUUCACCUGUGGAGUCUACCAUCCAGCUUCCAACCGCAAAACUCCUGUUGAAAUAUUCUACUUAGUGCUGCAGUCUGCGGAUGGUGAAGCCGGAAUGCUUCGGCAGUUUCUCUUGGCGGCGGAGGAGAGCUGCCCUCCGCUUGACCCGACCACGUACGAUCGAGUACGCGUCAUUCAUCGCCGUUGGGUGGACAAUUUACAGUAUCCUGAUCAGUGGUACUGCAUUCGACGCUUCCUUCAGCUGUACAGCAGUUUCCGUCCGGAUGGCAGUGAGCACGAUUGGACGGAUGUUGAUCUCAGGCUGUUGGACGUGUCCAGUCUGACGCAGCUAGCUGUGUCCGCAAUUGACGGGCAUUUUGACGGGAAUUUCGGCGUAGAGCAAUGA